CAAGUUAUUGACAUAAAUUUCCAUGGAGAAACUGGUAAGCAUUUUUUGCUAAAAUGUUUGUAUUUAAAAGAAACUAUAUUCAUCAAUCAGUCUCCAGAAACUAUGUUUUCAAAAAUUCAAGUAAAAUUCUGGUCCUUAAUCAACCAUGUUGGUCUUCAAUACAUUCCUUUAAAUCACAAUGCCCAAAUUUACUUCAAAAAGACUUGGUUUUAGUCCCAAGAUGUUGGUGGAGUAGACAUGGGGGAAAAUUCCAUUUCUCAAGCUCAAAUAGCAACAAAUAUAAAAACCCAAUCCAUCAACCCAGCACUAGAGUAAAAUUACAACAAGGACUCCAGCUACGCAGCAAAAAUGUUUUAGCAAGAUCUCUUGACACCAAGUCACAUGAAACUUUUGAUGGAAAGAAGGAAACCUCCAAGUCCGAGACAGCAGCAUUGGUGUCUACUAAAGGUGAAAUCGAAGGCCCUCUACUCCAUCAUUCAGUUAGUGCAGCUGUAGUCAUCACUCACCACUGCAGUGGCUGCAAUAAAAAUAAAGGUUCUCCUCAAAGGAAUGAUGAUGCUGUCCUUGCUAAAUUGACUUCUGAACAAGCAAAAACUGGUGUUGUAAAAACUGCACCCACUAACAAUUUUUAUGAUGUACCAUUCAUGUCAACUGAUGAACUCCUGUCACACACAACUGCUUGUGUCAAGCGGGUCUCUGAUCAGGAUGAGUGGGAUUCACUGAUCUUAACAUCAACAUCCGGUCCAACUGGUGAUGUAGAGUACAUUUUCAAGCAAGACUCCAGAUUUAAAGAAAAGACAGAAGUUAAGCUCACUGGAGCACUGCCGGCAUCUGCCAGAGAGUGGCGGGCUGUUGAAUACAAGUUGGCAGACCUGCCUGCACAUUACGCUGCUUUAGCCAAAAGUCGACUCACUAGUCUUGUGGUGGCCACAGCAGUGGGGGGUUACAUAAUGGCGCCCGCGGUGGUCUCCUUGUCCACACUUGUGGGAACGGUGGGCGGGGUGGCACUUGUAAGCGCUGCCGCCAACGCCACCAACCAGAUUCUCGAGGCGCCCUACGACGCCCAAAUGAGCAGGACUGCCAACCGAGUUCUUGUCAGAGGUUUGCUGACUCCCCUACACGCGGCGUGUUUCGCGGGGGUGUGUGGAGUGGGGGGCGUGGGGCUGCUGCUGGGGUUGUGUGGGACCGUCACUGCGGGGUUAGGGGCGCUAAAUCUCCUCCUCUACACCGCCUGUUACACGCCCCUAAAACGCCUCACUAUCGCCAACACCUGGGUUGGGGCGGUUGUUGGAGCAAUACCUCCCCUGAUCGGGUGGUGUGGGUGUGGAGGAGCUCUGGUAGGUGGGGACGCGUGGGGAGCGUGGAUGAUGGCGGGGCUGUUGUUCGCCUGGCAGUUCCCUCACUUCAACGCUUUGUCCUGGAACCUGAGGGCAGACUACAGCAGGGCAGGCUACAGGAUGAUGUGCGUCACUAAUCCAGGUCUGUGCCGCUCGACGUGUCUGCAUUACAGCGCCGCGUUGCUGCUGCUGAGCUUUGCAGCGCCUUCACUCUCCGUCACCACGUGGACUUUUGCUGCAGACUCAGCGCCUCUCAACGCAUACAUGCUUUAUCUCAGUUACAGAUUUUACCGCGACGGUGACAGCCGAAGUGCCCGCAACUUGUUCCGCUUUUCUUUGCUACACUUGCCGGCGGUCAUCGUUUUGAUGAUCAUCAGCAAGAAAUGGCGCUCUGAAGAUGCAAAAGCCUCGGAGCUAAGACCAGCUUCCCUGUACACCUCCGGUGUUGUGUACAAUAAGAAAUUGACACCUAACACCUCCGUAACUGUGCCUACCAUCGCUGCUGCUACUGCUGAACCUCCUAACCACCGCCUCGACAGUUCUCCAGUCACUAUUAAGUCGGCCGCCGGGUCUCACAAAACUCUUGAAAGUUAUAACACCUUGGUUGGUGACGCAGCUGACGCUGAAGCUAAUAGUUUAGUAGUUAAUUUCACAGAGUCUAAAGUUCAAAACGUCAAUGUUGUGUGCGCGACUAAAGAAAUGAAUGAAAGUCCGACGUGUGAGUUGACAGCACCACAGAUUUUAUCGCCUGACUCUUCUAGAUGAUCAAAUAUUUUAGCGAUAUUAGGAAAUACUAUAAUUUAUGUACAUAAACGUAGCCUCCUGAUGAUAAGUGAUAUACCUAAAUGCCUUUAUCUAGAUGAAUAUAGAAAAUCAGAAUUCUAGAUUUAAAAUAUACCAAACGAGUUUCCGAAUUUUGAACAGUGACUUGCAGUCAAUUUCUAAAGCAUUAAACUUGAACAUAUUUCUGAUUGGGCUAAACCUCACGGGACUCCUGGUGUUGACGCGGGUCGAUGAAAACUGCUAAAUAACUUUCAUUCAAAAGUAACUAAUGACUUCACAUUGUGGCAGUCAAUGGUUCGAUCUGGUUAAAAAUUUUAGCCAAUGUUCAAUUAUAAUCGUGAGUGUAAAAGACGUAUAGCAUCAUAAAAAUUUGCUGGUCAUGUAUGGCAUUUGUUGUUGCUGUGAAAAUUUGCAUAAAGUCUGCACAGAUA